CCCCGCUGUAAGCCUUUGGUAAGUGACGACGGCAACAGCCUGAACUGACAUGGCCUCCCCACCACCGGGACAGCAAACAGAGCAGCCUCAUCUCGUUUCUCUAGUCCUUCAAUCCAAGAAAGCACUUCAACACGGCCAACAACUUUGUUCCAAGGCUAAUAGUCUUUCAAACGCGUCCGCGCAAUGUUCGCUAGACGUGCUUACACUGGACGCGAAAGUUAAGUGGAUCACAGAGGCCGUCCUUGAGCAGCUCAAGCUUGCGGCGAAUGUUGCUAAGAGUAUUGAGCACAAGCGUGCUCAGCUGGAUAAGCAAGUUAAGGCAUGGGAUGUCGUGCGCUCGAAACGUACUGAAGCCCUUGAUAAUAUCCUCGAGUCCCUAGGGGCACAGCUAGUACCACCCGGUUUCCACCAGUCUUCUUCUGGUUCUUCCCUGUUCGGAAGCCAACACUCCAUUGAUGGAAGGAAUGGCAAUGCAAUGUUUAGCGCACAGCAGAGCCCUUCCGCCACUGUGCGAGAUAACCCAUUCGACCGUCACGGCAAGAACGCAGACCGGACCAAGUGGAAGACGCUGCGUGACUUCGUGGAUGAGAGUGCUAUUGAAAAUGUGCUGGACACACUAGAGAGUGACAGAACGAGGCUAGACGAUAUUAUGGCUUCAACGUAUGACUACCCGGAAAAACUCUCGGCUGCUAUAUCAUCCAUUCGCGAGUCUCUUCCAUCGUCUAGUAACGUACCUUCGAUAGAGGAUAUAUUGAAUGCACAACAGCAACCUUCGGAGCUUAUGGCACGCCACCUCAGUAGCCUUACUUCUCACUAUGAGCAAAUGGCAGACGCCUUGAAAGAAAGCGAAGCUGGAGAGAUAUUUAGCGAGGAGGACUUACAAGACAUGAACCGUGAUACCGAAGAGCUACCUUCUAUCAUGGCAGAGUUAGAAGAGCAAGCACUCUUGAUCGAAGAUACUCACCAACAACUGGUAUCAGCAAAGACGGCUGCUCAAGAACGAUUAACCACACAAUCCAUAACUCUCGAUAACCUCGACGAGCUAGGUGAAAUCAUGUCUGACAUGCUACAGAAGCAACAAGAUGUCGAGAAUAAGUGCCAAGAGCUUCUCGACGGGCUCCAGGAGCGACUUCUCAUCGUUGAAGAUCUUCAUCACCGUUUUAUCCAGUACCAAACUUCAUUCAAGAAACUCCUUAUUGAGAUUGGAAGGAGAAGACAGUACAAAGAAGCAGUAGAAAAGGUUGUAGAAGGGAUGAUCAUGGAAUUAAGGGCAAUGACUGAAGAAGAGCGUCAGGUAAGAGAAGACUUCAAUGCAGAGCAUGGGCGACAUAUUCCAGAGGACAUCUGCUUGUGUAUCGAGAAUCCACCAACGAGGUGGGAUGUCGUGCCUCGGGAAGGAGAGGUGCGGGAGAGCCUGCCUGUGGUAGAAAGUGAUCUCUUAGCGCAGGCAAAGGAGAAGUUGGCCGUGGUAGAUGUGUCAUCAGCCGGCACUGAGAGCGUGUAGAACGUUCCGCAUAUUGUAUACUUAUGGGACGGAUGGAUCAGUCUGGGUUGCUUUCACCCAGUUUAGCUACAUAACACAACUGAAUUAAACCUUCCUCCUAGCUCACACCCAUAUGGUACUUAGUAUCAUGAUCUAGACCCCGGUGUGCAUCUUAAAAAGAAAACUGAUUGAUACCGGAUUCACUCUA